UUUUGAAUCGUGUUAAUAAAUUGUUGCAAGCAAUUAAAUGCAAUUUUUCUUUUAAUUAAUUAAUUAAUUUAGUGAUUUAGUUGGCGUUGGCGACUGCGUAACAAUUGUGCCAACCGCCAUCGAAAAUCUAAAAAAAUGACAUAACCUCAAUUUUAUUAUUACUCUUACAAUAACUUGCAACAUAUUACGUGAAACUAUCGAACUAAAACAAUUUAAAUCUCUGCAGCUACCUCUUAUAUACCUUUAUUAAAGACCAAUAUGACACUGCAAGCCGAAUUCCAAGCCGUAGUCCUAGCAGCUGGCAAGGGUUCUCGAAUGCCUGAAAUAACAUCAGGCAAACCCAAAUGCUUGCUACCAGUCGGAACGAAGCCCCUCGUGUGGUAUCCCCUUUACAAGCUACAACAGUCGGGUUUCACAGACGUAAUACUAGUCGUUCUCGAACAGCAAAAAAGCGAAAUUCAGAGCGUUCUCGAUAAAACCGAGCUUGAGAUUAAAAUCGAGUAUUUCCCGAUCAGCGGUAAGGAGGAUCUUGGAACUGCGGACUCGUUGCGGAUGCUCCAUGACCGGCUAAAAUCGGACGUGCUGGUGGUUUCGUGCGAUUUAGUCUCAGACGUUAGUCUGAAAGGUGUUUUAGACGUGUUUAGAAUGCACGACGCGUCAGUCGCUUCGUUGUUUUUCCAUUCUCAAGGUGGAGACGGUUUAGUGGUUCCGGGACCCAAAUCCAAACAUAAACCAGAGCGCGAUUUGGUAGGAAUCGACGUACAAACUAACAGAUUGGUAUUUUUAGCAUCUGCAAGCGAUUUUGAAAGCGAGCUAUCGUUACCACGUGCCCUUCUCAAAAAACAUACCCAUAUUAAAAUGUAUAGUAAUCUUGUUGAUUCUCAUAUUUAUGUUUUGAAAAACUGGGUGGUUAAGUAUUUGAAUAGUCAGCAGAGUUUUUCGACUAUUAAAGGCGAGCUGUUGCCGCAUAUUGUUAAAAAGCAGCUGUCUAAACCCCCAAAGGUGACUGAGGGUAAAUCAGUUCUUAGUAAUUUUGAUAGCGAGGAUAUUUUUAAUUUUGCGAAAGAGGACGAAUUUAGUAUCGCGAUAAGAGAAACGUCGUCUUUUAAUGAUCACUCUGGUGAUUUUAGAGGUACUUAUCAUGGUGAUAGUAUUAGGUGUUAUGCGGUGGUGGCACCAAAAGACUGUUAUGGGGUUAGAGUGAACACUCUUCCAAGUUAUUGGACUGUUAAUAAUAAGGUCAACGAGAAAUGGGAUAAAAUCACUAAUGGCUUAAGUCUAGCGUUGAAACACCCCAAAAUUGAAAAUAAGUCAUCUCAAGUUGAUGAUAAAUGCGUUAUUUGGGAAGGAGCCAAGUUGAAUGAAAAGACUUCCUUUAAAAAUUCUGUGAUUGGGAGCAACACAGAAGUGCAUAGUUUUUCUCGCGUUUUUAAUAGCAUUGUUAUGAAUAAUGUUACAAUUAAGGAAAAGGUGGCGCUGGAAAACUGCAUAGUUUCAGAUGGUGCAACUAUAGAAUCUGGGUGCCAGAUUAAGGGUUGUUUGAUUGGUAGCAACCACACGGUACCAGAACAGUCUGAACACAGUCAAGAAGUUUUAACAGACACUGACCGCUUAAUGGAGUUUUAAUUGAAUUCAAAUUAUUUAAAUAUAUUUUUUUAUAUAACAUAAUGCGCUUUUUACAUAGGUAACUAUAACAUGUAAAUAAAUCUAUUAACAACUAAA